UCAGACCUAGGCAGAGCAAACCUACGCAUCCUUCAGCAGAGCAGCGACCUGACCACGGACGGCCAACGACCAGCGACCAGCGAUGGAUCCGGCGACCACAGACCGACCCAGCGACCCCACACGCACCCGGCGAGUCGGCGAUGAUAGAUGGGCCCAUCGUCCGCUGACAGACCCGGCAACCAACGACCAUUGAUGGCUCCGGUGCCCAGUGCAUGCCGGACAUCGUCAGUGGAUUCGUCCAGCGGUCCAGUAGCGUCUCCCUGGAUUUCUGGCCGUCCAGCAGCUUGAGCUAGUCACCAAGCAUCCCGUAAUUUCACUGUGGCGUGCAAUCAUAAAAUUGUCCGUUUGCUAAAUAGAGAACUGGAAAUUGCAUGUUCGCUGGUUCUGAAGGCCACUGUUACUUGCUUGAACGUUGGUGUAGGGCGUAUGAUAACCAGUUGCUGCUUCCGACCUUCGGCGCUAAGGUUGCUGCUGCAACCAUCAGUGUUUGACCAAUUGCAGCGUCAGGCCUUCUGCAUUCGAGUCCAGUGCAGCUUUCGGCCUUCGGCAGAGCACUUGGAUGGUGGAGGCGGCUGGUGGCAUUGGUGGAGCCAUCGAGUGGCUUAGGUGGAGCCAUCGAGUGGCUUCGGUGGAGCCGUCUUGAGCAGCGAUUUGAGCCUGGUAGUCAUCGACAAAGAAUCGCCAAGGUAUUAUUUUGCAAGGUAUGCUGGAGGAAGAUAGGAACAAAUAUUUGUCUUCCAGUAUAUAAUAUUACGUAAUAUUCUUUGGACUUCUUUUAGAGAUAAAUUUACAUUAUAGUCCUAAUGCAAGGGAAGAGAGGUGCAGUCGGUUCGUUACCUGAAACCAUGGACUUUGCUCAUGGUCCUUCAUCGGGCAGCGAUGCUUUAGGUCAGCCAGUGUGCUGGAAUAAUCUGAGAAGUUCUGCACAAAAUCGGUUACUAGAUUACGUUGUAUCUCCUGAUAACACAUACAGUGCUUCUGCUACUAAUCAAGAGAGGCCGAACUUGAUUAACUGGAGUUUAGGAGAAAGCAGCUCAACUCUAGUUCAAAGUCAACUCCGUGAAAAUGAGCCAAAAAUGGCAGGAGGACAUGGUUAUAGCAAACAAAGCAGGUGAAAUUCUUGGUCAUAAAUUAGGUGCAACAGCUGUACACCCAAAUGACCAUGUGAAUAGAUCACAAUCUCCCGACGACUCAUUUUCUAAUGUGAUGCAUAUCGCAGCAGCAGUGGAGAUUAAUAAGAGAUUAUUGCCAAGCCUGAAACAACUGCAUACAUCACUACAUUCAAAGUCUGUUGAAUUCAAUGACAUCAUCAAGAUUGGGCGUACACACACUCAAGAUGCAACACCUCUUACACUUGGACAAGAGUUUAGUGGAUAUGUCACUCAAAUGAAGUAUGGAAUAAAUAGAUUUUUUGGCACCCUUCCACACAUGUAUCAGCUUGCACAAGGAGGAACUGCAGUUGGAACUGGAUUGAACACAAAAAAGGCAUUGGCAGAGGAAACAAGUCUGCCAUUUGUUACAGCCAAAAAUAAUUUUGAAGCAUUGGCUGCACAUGAUGCAUUUGUUGAAAGCAGUGGUGCCUUAAAUACAAUUGUUGUUUCCCUCAUGAAGAUCGCAAAUGAUAUACGUUUUCUAGGAAGGGAUUGAUGAAGUGAUUGAUGAAGAGAUUGAUGAAGUACGAAUUCGUUGGGAUCAUAUUUCUUAGAAAUGACGCAAUCCAUCAACAACACAUGAAGAACGUAUUUGUUUAAGUUUUUGAGUGAUGAUGAGACAUGUAACUUUAAACAAUGUGUUAUUACUCUAGAGUCUAGACUUGUGCAAGGAUUGUUUUAUUUUAGCUUAUUAUUAUGUACUAAGUUGUUACUUGAACUUGUUUAACAUUUGUGGAAGAAUUGAAAAAUAGCUUAUGUUAUUUUUUUAGAUGGAUCAAGUGAACAGGUGAAAAUUGUGCUAUAGUAGUUGAUUAUACUGUUAAUGAUGUGAUUAUAG